CUGUUAUGAACUCAUGGUAACUGGACGUGGUUCCCAUGGUUAAGUUAAGCUAUUAUUUGUGCCUUGGUCUGGUAGUAUAAAAUUAUAAUUAUUUCGUGAUCCCAUUGUAUAUACAUUUUUUAAUAAACUAGUAUAAAUACUACUUUUUUCUGACAUAAAACUUAAGAGUGUGGUAAAAACAUGUUGAACUUUCAAGUAGCAUUGCCGAAAGAUUUAAAAGAAGCUGCAAGAAUUGAAAAGGCACGUCAAUAUGAAGAACAGAGAAAAGCAAGAAUCUUCAAUGCUAGGCAGCGUCUAAUUGGGGUGGAUCUUGAGGGACUGAAGAAGCAAAUAGAAGAAAAGAAGAUACAAGAAGAUGAAGAAAAGAAGUUAGAAGAGGCUUAUGUGAAUAAACAAAUUAGAGACAGUGAAAUUGCAAAGCGUUUAGAAAGGCAAAUUGAAGAGAACAAGCGGAGAUUGAAUGAAGAAAUAAAUGAAUUUAGAUCUCAGUACCAAAAGGCUCAAGAUCGUAGAGAGUUUGACCUCUACGACCCUGAUGGAUUGAAGAAAAGUUUACCUUGCAGGUUGUUGGACGAUGAUCCUAGAUUGAGCAUUUCAUCUGCUCAAAAGUUCGAAGGGGAGGACAUCACAACAGAGGCUCGGAGGAAGAUCCAGCGUGAACAGCAGAAGGCCUGGUUAGAACAGCAGAUGCUGGAACGAUGCCGCGCCGAUGAGGAGCGUAAGCAAGCUGAGAAGGUGUACCACGACGCUCUGGUCGCUAGGGACAAGCGAGCUGUGCAGCUGGACGAGAUGGAACGCGAAUGCAAGCGCAAACUGGAGCAAGCCACUUGUCGCUUCAACCAAGCUCUGGUAGCGGAACAGGAGACUCGCAAGCGAAUGCAGGAGAUGCGAGACAUGGAGGAUCAGCAGGCGGAGAUAUACAAUGCCAUCACCAGCGACUUCCUCACCGAGAACCCUAACCUCCGGGCCAGCAACCUCGGCCCUAACCGUAUCAAUGGGGCGUUCUAUAAGGGCAUGACUGAUGCUGAAAGAGAAGAAAUCCGCCAGUACAACCUCAGCAAGAUCGAGGAGAACAAGAUUCGACAGCAAGAAGAAGCCAAGAGAGAAGCGGACUGGUUGGCACUAUCGAGCGAAAUUGCGAGAUCUGUCAGUCUUAAAGACAGAGAAAUUAUGAAGAAACAAAAGGAGAUUGAGCGAGAAGUGAGGGAACAGAAUCGAAUAUUGGACUGUGAGCGGAAACGACAACAAGAGUACCUGGACAAGGUCGUCUACACGAACACCCCAACAGCUGCGUACUUUGAGCAGUUCAACACCACCACUCGCUGAACACAACACCUCGCUCUGUCUACUCUUGUGCGCACCAUUUCACUUUCAUAUAAUAAAUGUAAUCACUUUAUAAUUAUAAAUGUUUUAUUUUACCUUUAA